AUGACUAUCUCGCCUAAAGGCGUGUCUUCCGUAACCACUUCACCUGAACGUGAGCUCGUCGCAGGAGGAGCAGAGCGCGGUAUGAAAGUGCGCAAACGACUAAGCCCCCAGAGUGCAGUUUCGGCUACUGCCAAAUCUGCGGCUACUUUCGACAGCGCGGAGUUCAGCCAAACAGGCUCCAAAAGAGCAAACGAGCUGUGUGAUCAGCUGCGUGAGCAAAUUGUCCACGACCUCGACAGCCGGCUCAGAGAGGCUCUCGCGACCGCAGUGGACAGAAUUCUUGAACAAUCGGAGGCGGACAGCUUAGUACAAUCCUCUAACUGGCUAAAAGCAAACAUGUCUGACAAGCAAAAAAUCAAGUCAAGAUCGGAUAAUUGGCUGCCAGAGAAGAAAUUUGUUCAUCGGAAUUCUGUCUUGACUGACCUCUUCAAGAUCUCCCACAUUGAAACUGUUUAUCACAUAUUCGUCGCUGUUCUUCUUAUCUUUACACUAAACACCGUUCUAUCGGAUGUUGUGGAGAAAGGCGGUCUUGUUCACGUCUACCACGUGGAACUCUUCUUGUGGGCGUUCAAAGGCCUCUUCAACGUCUUCCACUGCUGGCUAAUUAUGUUCCUUUGUGCCAGCCUUUUCGUCUACCUUACGUUCAUGGUGUGGGCAACUAAAAGGAAGCCGGACUCCAAGUGCACUGCCUUCGAUGUUGCCUUCUUGGUUCUUUACAUUGUGUUCCAGACUGCUUUUGGAGUCCUUCCAGUGGUCUUCAUUUUUAAGCAUGAUCUUGCGCCAGCUACCACUACGAUCGUCUGCCUCGAGCAAAUCCGCCUCCUAAUGAAAAUUCAUGCCUUUGUUAGAGCCAAUGCUGCUAAGGCGUUUUUAUCAGGAGAAGAUUGUCAGGUGGAGAAGAAUCGUCAGCAUCACCGUAGAUCAAAUAAUGGUGAAGAACGCUUCCCCGCCACCGUGGGUGGAGCCAAAAUGGCAGACGGGGAGGAAAUCACCAUGUCUAACGGUGUUCCCCUGCCAUCCUUUUCACAUUACCUAUACUUUCUUUUUGCCCCCACGCUCGUGUACCGGGAUACAUACCCUAGAACACCCUACAUUCGCUGGCGCAUCGUAGCAAUCAACUUCUUCCAAGUAGGCCUCUGCAUACUCUACACCUAUUUUAUUUUCGCCCGCUUCUGUUUCUCGUACUUUGCCGAUUUCGGACGUUCAGCACAGUUUAGUUUCUCUCUGCGUCAACUGAUCACCUCGUCGUUUGGAUGCAUGCUACCUGGUGCUCUUCUUUUACUAACCAACUUCUAUGCUCUCUUGCACUGCUGGUUGAAUUCGUUUGCAGAAUUGCUGAGGUUUGGUGACCGGCUGUUUUACAAGGACUGGUGGAAUAGCGUAACUUUCAGCGCUUACUAUCGCACGUGGAAUGUCGUGGUUCACGACUGGCUCUACGCCUACAUCUACCGCGACGUCUACGCAAUAAGUGGGAGGCACAGGCGAUUCAUGGCUCAAACAGCAGUCUUCAUGCUCUCCGCUUUUGUGCAUGAGUAUGUGCUCAUUCUGGUCUUUCGGUUCUUCUACCCAGUCCUUUUCGUCAUAUUCGGUGGAGUUGGCUUUGCAAUCGCCAAUCUAAGAGGACGCUCAAGGCUUUGGAAUAUCGGGCUUUGGGUUGGGCUCUUCAUGGGUAUGGGGAUUUUGAUGUGCCUUUACUCAAUGGAAUGGUAUGCCAGGAAAAAUUGCCCACCUAUCCCAGGUAUUGCAGAUCUAUUUGUUCCAAGGAGUUGGUUUUGCGGGAACUAG